AUGGAGAGAAUUGGGGUCAGGUUUGAUAAAGCAGCAAACAUGGAGCCUAACCACUUAACAGACUAUGCCAAACAUGAAAUAGAGUUGAGAAGUGCAGAAUCCAGAUUCUGUUACUCUACUGCAUGUGGUGGUGGGGAGUUUGAGGUGAAGGAUGGCAAUGUGAAGUUCCCAGUCAAUCUACACAACAGAACCUGUGGGUGUGGAGUAUGGCAGGGGUUAGGUAUGCCCUGCAAACAUGGCUUGAGGGUCAUCUACAACCAGAGACUUGACCCUGUGGACUUUGUUUCCACUUAUUUCAAGGGUGCUGCUUAUAAACAGGCAUAUGCAGAGCAUAUGCACCCAAUGGCUGACCCUACUCAGUGGCCUGGAUCCACACUGCCCACUAUUAAACCACCUGGGAUCAAGAGGGGUGCUGGAAGACCUCAAAAACAGAGAAGGAGGGGUGCCAUGGAAGCUAGAAAGAGGAAGAGGCACACUUCAGUUAAGUGUAGCAAAUGCAAGGAGAUCGGCCACAAUGCAAGGACCUGCAAGUCUGGUGCAGGCACUUCCAAGGCACCACCAAAACAGAGAGCUGCAACAAAUAAGAGGAAAACAACCUCUGAUGGUGCAAGCACUUCCAAGGCAGCACCAAAGGGCAAGAAAUCCAAGCAAGCCUGA